AGGGCUCGCGGCUGCGGGGCUCGCGCCGCUGUCAGUGCGGCGGGGCGCGCGAGCGGCGCCAGCGCGGGGCAGCGGAACCCAGAGAAACUGAGGGGGCGGUAGCGGCGGCGGCGGCGACGGCGGCGACGACGACUCCCGCGCUUGUGCCCAGCCUCUUCCCGCCGCAGCCGCCCUUUUCCUCCCUCCCUUACGUCCCCGAGUGCGGCAGUACCGCCUUCUUCCCAGCCGCGCGGCUUCCUCCAGACCUCUCGGCGCGGGUGGGCACCAUGUCCUUGAAGAUUCAGGCAAGCAAUGUAACCAACAAGAAUGACCCCAAGUCCAUCAACUCUCGAGUCUUCAUUGGAAACCUCAACACAGCUCUGGUGAAGAAAUCAGAUGUGGAGACCAUCUUCUCUAAGUAUGGCCGUGUGGCCGGCUGUUCUGUGCACAAGGGCUAUGCCUUUGUUCAGUACUCCAAUGAGCGCCAUGCCCGGGCAGCUGUGCUGGGAGAGAAUGGGCGGGUGCUGGCUGGGCAGACCCUGGACAUCAACAUGGCUGGAGAGCCUAAGCCUGACAGACCCAAGGGGCUAAAGAGAGCAGCAUCUGCCAUAUACAGUGGCUACAUCUUUGACUAUGAUUACUACCGGGACGACUUCUACGACAGGCUCUUCGACUACCGGGGCCGUCUGUCGCCCGUGCCAGUGCCCAGGGCGGUCCCUGUGAAGCGACCCCGGGUCACAGUCCCUUUGGUCCGGCGUGUCAAAACUAACGUACCUGUCAAGCUCUUUGCCCGCUCCACAGCCAUCACCACCAGCUCAGCCAAGAUCAAGUUAAAGAGCAGUGAGCUGCAGGCCAUCAAGACGGAGCUGACACAGAUCAAGUCCAAUAUCGAUGCCCUGCUGAGCCGCUUGGAGCAGAUCGCUGCAGAGCAAAAGGCCAAUCCAGAUGGCAAGAAGAAGGGUGAUGGAGGUGGCGCCAGCGGCGGCGGUGGUGGUGGUGGCGGCGGUGGCGGUGGCAGUGGUGGUGGCAGUGGCAGCAGCCGGCCACCAGCCCCCCAAGAGAACACGACUUCUGAGGCAGGCCUGCCCCAGGGAGAAGCACGGACCCGAGACGACGGCGAUGAGGAGGGGCUGCUGACACACAGCGAGGAAGAGCUGGAACACAGCCAGGACACAGACGCGGAUGAUGGGGCCUUGCAGUAAGCAGCCUGACAGGAGCAAUGGCCACCAGCAGGUGAAGGGCAUCGCUGCCCCAGGCCUCAAGCCGGGCACCCAACCCUGGAUGCCACCCCCCAGCGGGUACCAGAGGAAAGCUGGCAGCAGGCGCCUCCUCCCCCAACGCAUCCCAGCCAGUGCCAUGUCCUCUGCAGGUGGAGUUACUGGCCUACUCCUUCCCCAUGAGCCUUCCCUGUCUGCACUGCCCAGGCCAGAGGGUAGAGCACAGGGGUUUCCCACACUGCCUCCCCUCCCCAGGACACUCCCAGGCUUGGGUUUUUUCUAUAGGUUUGGCGGGGGGCCACAGGGAGGGGACCCUGACAAUAAAGAGAUUGGAUCCCAA